AUGACAUCUCGACAUGAGCUCACUUUACAUGAAAAAAUACAAUUAAUUUUUGAUAAUAAAGAUGGUAAUGCUUUAUCACAUCGUAGAUUAGCUAAAAAAUAUAACAUCUCACUUGAUUCUGUAUCAAAUAUUUUAAAACAUAAAAUAGAAUAUUUAAAUGGUUAUGAAAUAAAUCAAACUCAAAAUGUUAAACGAAUAUUAAAAGAUGUCAAUGCACAAAAACUAGAUGAACAAGUUAAUGAGUGGUUUGCACAGCAACGUGCAAAAAAAAUAGCUAUUUCUAGUCCGAUAUUGCAGGAGAAGGCACGUGAAAUAGCUGAAUCAUUAGGUGAUAGAUUUGGUUCAUUUAAAGUAUCUAACGGAUGA